CAAAGCGCUCCGCCGCUCCCGGGGGCGCCGCUCAAAGCGCUCCGCCGGCUGCCGGGCGAGCGGUGCUCGAAGCCUGACAAAACGAGCUGGAAUCGCCGGAAGUUUAAAUCCCGGUGUCUGCAGGGAUCACCGAUAUUCCCCAUGCGCGUUAUCUUCAUCGUACUGCGUUAGUGCUCCAGUCAGUGUUGACAGUAAAUUUAGAAAGCCCGUGAAGAAGUAGAAGAGGUGAUCGGGUAAGAGAGGAGUCGUUGUCUCAGAAGUGGCUGAAAUAUUUACUGCAGGUGACUAUUUACACCGAUAAAUUAUUCUAAUGUUCAUUAUAUAUGUUAAUAUAUGUAAAUACUAUAUUUCGAUGUUUAUUUAUAACUAUUACGCUGAGCUGUACCAAAAAGAGCACUUAGGCUGUAAACACCAGACAAGUUCUCCAGUAGUUACCAGCUUUUGUAUUUUAUUAUAAUAAUGCCUUAUGAAUAAACAAAAGCUUACCAAUAGCUUUUAUAGGGGAUUUUUAAAUUAAAUGCUUCUAUAUUUUUAUUAAGGUUUUACAAUGUUACCAUCUGAAUUCUGUAACCAGGAGCUGAAAUUUGUGUUGAUGCUGUUGGGUUUUGUUCCUCCUGUGGUAUUGGGACCGAACCCUUCCACAUUUCAACAACAGGCAGGAGAAAUGUAAAGUAGUAACUUUUAUUUUCUGCAUCUCACCUGGCCUGAAUGAACCACAAAAUAAUCACGGAAUGGUUUGGGUGGGAAGGGACCUUAAAGCCCAUUCAGUUCCACCCCCUGCCAUGAUCUGGGACUCCUUCCACUAUCCCGGGUUGCUCCAAGCCCCAAAGUCCAACCUGGCCUUGGACACUUCCAGGGAUCCAGGGGCGGCCACAGCUUCUCUGGGUGCCCCGUGCCAGACCCACAUCACUCCCAAAAGCCAGCAAAGCCGGUUGUUUACCGGCGGGCAGUAGGAAGCCGAGGAAGUGUCCAUUUAUUUUACUGACGGUAACUGGACCGAAGCGCACGGGGCGGUCGCGGGCAGGAGGCCGCGGUGACCGGCGGCUCCAGCGCGUCACAGAGUCAGCAAGGACACCCCGACGCGCUCCUGCCUCGCUCCCGGCCCGAUCCCAUCAACUCCAGCAGGUCAUGGACAACACCCCACGAAGAGCUCCCCGCCGUCCCGAGCUCUCCAAGGGGCGGAGACACCGCCGCCCCUCCGCCGUCACCGCCCCUCAGCGCCGCCGCCCCUCAGCUUCCCGUCAUCACGGCCGGUCCGCCAGCUCCCCUCAGCGGCGCCGCCGCCGCAUCGCCACCGCUUCCCCUCAGCGCCGCCGCCCCUCAGCCUCCGGUCAUCAUGGGGGGCCCCCCUCCUCUUCUCAGCGGCGCCGCCCCUCAGCCUCCCGUCGUCAUGGUGGCUCCUCCACCGCCUCUUCUCAGCGGCGCCGCCCCUCAGCCUCCCGUCGCCAUGGCAGCUCUUCCAUUGCCUCCCCUCAGCGCCGCCGCCCCUCAGCCUCCCGUCGCCAUGGCGGCUCCUCCACCGCCUCUUCUCAGCGGCGCCGCCCCUCAGCCUCCCGUCGCCAUGGCGGCUCCUCCACCGCCUCUUCUCAGCGCCGCCGCCCCUCAGCCUCCCGUCGCCAUGGCGGCUCCUCCACCGCCUCUUCUCAGCGCCGCCGCCCCUCAGCCUCCCGUCGCCAUGGCGGCUCCUCCACCGCCUCUUCUCAGCGGCGCCGCCCCUCAGCUGCCCCCCAACAUGGCCGCCCCCUCGCCUCCCCUCAGCGCUUCUCGCGCGGGCUCUUCCCGCCCAGCGCAGCCGCGGAGCCGCAGCCCGGGCGCGGGAAGGGCGGGCAGGCCGGGGCGCUGUCGGUCCCGGCGGGGUAG